GAGCACGACGGGAGCGACUCCGAGCGGGGCGGACGAGAACCUCCAGCGGAAGAUGUCGCUGCGGAGAGCUGAGUACUCUUAUGAUCUUUGAACCCAGUUCUUGUAAGGCCUGGAGGUCCCUCUGACACUGCCAAAAAUGUGAACUCUGUAACACAGAAGCAGCAAAAUACAGAUGCCCUCGAUGUAUGACAUAUUCAUGCAGUUUGGCUUGUGUGAAAAAACAUAAAGCUUUAUCCAGCUGUAAUGGAAUCAGAGAAAAGGCGGCCUUUGUUUCCAUGAAUGAGUUCAGCAACUUAACUCUUCUAAGUGAUUAUCGGUUUCUAGAAGAUGUGGGAAGACUGGCUGAUCGGUCUGCCCGAGAUGCUAUUUCUCAUAAACCAAAAAGCAAUCGAUUUGUAAACUUUCUGAGAAACCGAGCUCGAAGGCACAAGAUCUGCUUACAAACUUUACCAAUUGGAUUCACAAAGAGACGAGAGAAUUCUACAUUCUAUAGCAAUAAGGAACAAAAGUUCUACUGGCACUUGAAGCUCCUAUUUCCUCACGGUCAUGCUAAAUUCACAGAACAAAGAGUGCCAGAUGAUAAACCAUUAUGUGACAUUUUGAAGACAUAUAUUGAUCCUCAAGAAUCUGAUCCCAUCAAGCAGCAAAGAUUAAAAAUCUACACAAUGUCUCCCCAGUCAAACAUACAAAUUCUGAUGAAAGUAGAAAAUAGGCCACAUAAUUCUAUUAGGUAUGAAGAAUUGGAUGCCAGCAAAAGCCUUCUAGACAAUUUGAAAGGGAAGGUUGUCAUUGAAUAUCCAACUCUGCAUGUGGUAUUGAGGAAAUUCAAGACAGAUAUGUUGAUUCUUGGCCAGAACAUGAACAAAGAAAUCAAUACAUCUAACAAAGACAUGAUUAAGGAAAGUUCUUCUGAGGAAGAAGGGGAAGUCCAUGAUAGCUCCUGAAGAUACCAAUGCAGAUACAGAUUGGAGUAUUUUAUAUUACAUCCAUCAUUUUGAAGGCACAUUCAGCAAAUAUAUUUGUUUUGAACAUCUUUUUUUAAAAAUCCCAAAUCUAUAAUUACUUAAAAGCAAUGCAGACUGAAUUCAAUAAAGAUUAAAGGAUCAACCUCUUUCUAUGAAAAUUACUGUAUAAUAGGAUUUUGUAGGAUUUACAAGCUUGUUUUUUUCCCACUGCUUGACCUCAGUUAGUUUGUAUCUGUAAAUAUUUGUUGUACAUUCAUGUCCCUAACCAACAUAGCUUCAAGGUCACCUUAUAGAUGUAUUGUAAAUGUAUUAAAAAAUCGGGUAGAUAUCACAUAUCUUUGUCUCACUCCUUGCUCAGUUUUCAAGCACUUGCUAACCAUUCCAUAUAGUUCUAUCUUAUAUGGUUCUCACCACAUUCAAACAUUCAGUCAUGUUUUUAGACUUAUAUUCAUUGCUUUUCUUUACGCUUAAACCAUGUAUUCAAAGCAGACCUUUUUUUAGAUAUUCACCAGUGUAUCUCUAAACAGCUUAAUCGUUUUUUCUGUACUCUCAUUUCUCAUCCUUUCAUUCAACACCAUUGAUUGCAUUAACUCAAUAUUGCACAAAUUUCCCCCACACUCUCCUCUAGUUCUUCCAUUAAAGCCAUUCAUGGGAGAAAAACAUGCAUUAACCCACAGCUAGCUGAUGGACACCAAUUCAUACUCUCUGCCACACCUUUUAGCCCUUUAAUUCAUAAUUCAUACUACACCUUCACUCCACAAGAUUAAACUAUCUUCAUUCAGAUCUAUUGCAUCCUUCCCCUUUCUUCUAGUUUCACAUACCUACAAUGUAUCUAUUCUUUUAAUUUCAUUUUAUGAACUAAUUCAUGUUUCUCCUGUAUUCUAGAUUGCAAUCUUCCAUAUGCCUUAAGGGGUCAAAAAAUAUUGACUUCUGCUGCCCAUCAUAUCUUUGAUCAGCUGAAACUUUCACAUAAUGUUUUUAGUAAGAUAGAAGAAGACAUAGAUUAAUUCCACAUGCAGCAUGCCCUACUAACAGUAAGGGCAGUACCAGUGGGCUUUGGCACAUUUUAGUCGGCAAACCACAAGCGCAACCAAAGCCCAGUUGUACUCCAAGAAUUUUUUUUUAAA